AUGAGCGCCGCCGAGCAGCUCGAGAGCCUCAUUAGCUCGGUCGAGGCAGAUCUAGGCAUCGUAGCCAACGCUCCCGUCGUUGACGACAGCAAGCAGCAGCAGCAGCAGCAGCAGACAGAACAGACGGAGCAGCAGCAGACAGAACAGACGGAGCAGCAGCAGACCGAGCAGAAGGAGCAGUCGAAGCGUACCAAGCGUGCCAAGACGCCAACGACUGCUAAAACAUCCACUGUCGCCUCGACUCAGCCGGAGAUCACCAAGUUGGAUAUUCGUGUGGGCCACAUCAAAAACGUCUGGAAGCACGGGACCGCCGACAAACUCUACUGCGAGGAGAUCGACGUGGGGGAAGACGCGCCUCGCGCGAUCGCGAGCGGCCUCGUGCCCCACUACGCGCUCGGCGAGAUGCAGGACCGUCGUGUGCUGGUGCUGUGCAACUUGAAACCGCGCAAUCUCGUGGGCUUCCGGAGCCACGGUAUGGUCUUGUGUGCAGCUGUGCCGCAGGCUGAUGGGACGGAGAAGGUGGUGUUUGUGACGCCGCCAGAAGGCGCGAACGUGGGCGAACGCAUUUCGUUUCCAGGACUCAGUGGCGAGCCCCUGUCACCAGCGCAGGUGGAGAAGAAAAAGGUGCUUUCGGUGCUGGGCGACGACAUGAAGACGGACGAGAAGGGCGUUGCCAAGUGGCUCGAGCACGAGUUCACCACGUCAGCAGGUCCCUGUACGGCUCUGGUCCAUAAUGGCGUGAUCCGAUAA